AUGUCCCAAGCUGCGAAUUUUCCUGAAAACAUACAAAAGUUCAUUGUAAAAAGUGCUCCUCCAACAAUGAUAUACAUCCCUAAUUGGAUUGAUGAAGAUGAGGAACAGUUGUACAAGUCUUGCAUCGAAAACGCACCGCAACCUAAAUGGCGCGUCCUGGCAAACCGACGUUUACAGAACUAUGGAGGUGUCGUCGGAAAGUCGGCUUUGAUUCCAUCUGACGAUUUUCCUGUGGAGCUCAAGUACUUGAUGACUAAAAUCAAUGACCUCGGAAUCUUCAAAAAUCCAGUCAAUCAUGUACUGGUGAACGAAUAUGCUCCCGGGCAAGGUAUCAUGCCACAUACAGAUGGACCUGCAUUCCAUCGAAUCGUCACCACAGUUACAAUCGGAUCCCAUUGCUUUCUGGAUAUGUAUAUGCCAGUUGAUCAAGAGCCGUGA